AUGAGGACGCAUGAACGUGCUGCCAAUUUGGCUCUUGCCGGUCUGAGCUUGGCGCCACUUGUUGUUAACGUAAACCCAAAUGUGAAUGUGGUAUUGACAGCAUGCCUUACUGUCUAUGUGGGUUGCUACCGUUCUGUCAAGCCAACUCCACCCUCUGAGACCAUGUCCAAGGAGCAUGCUAUGCGGUUCCCCUUAGUUGGAAGUGCUAUGCUUUUAUCACUGUUCCUUCUAUUCAAGUUUCUCUCAAAAGACUUGGUCAACGCUGUGCUCACUGCCUACUUUUUCAUUCUAGGCAUUGUUGCUCUCUCUGCAACGCUCCUUCCUUCUAUAAAACAUUUUCUUCCAAAAGAGUGGAAUGAUAAUCUCAUCGUCUGGCGGGCUCCAUUUUUCCACUCACUCUCAGUGGAGUUCACAAAGUCCCAGAUUGUUGCUUCAAUACCUGGAUUUUUCUUUUGCUUGUGGUAUGCGUCAAAGAAGCAUUGGCUUGCAAACAAUGUUCUGGGAUUGGCUUUCUGUAUUCAGGGGAUUGAGAUGCUGUCAUUGGGAUCAUUUAAAACUGGAGCCAUUCUCUUGGGUGGACUCUUUGUGUAUGACAUUUUUUGGGUGUUCUUCACUCCAGUUAUGGUCAGUGUGGCUAAAUCUUUUGAUGCUCCGAUAAAGCUUCUGUUUCCAACUGCAGAUGCUGCACGGCCAUUCUCCAUGCUUGGCCUUGGUGACAUUGUAAUACCUGGUAUAUUUGUUGCACUUGCCUUGCGCUUUGAUGUCUCAAGAGGUAUCAAGAACCGCUACUUCAACAGUGCAUUUUUGGGAUACGCUGUGGGUAUGACGGUGACCAUCAUUGUAAUGAACUGGUUUCAAGCUGCACAGCUGCUGGAGUUUGACGAGUCAAAAGUUGAGGCGGAGGAAGGCGGUGCAGAAGAAGAGCAAGAUGAUGAUAGUUCCAAAGGCAACAAAAGGUGGUCUAGCAUUCUAGCAGGAUUUAGUUCCGGAGGCAAGAAUUUCAUAGGAUUUUACAGGGGAAAGGUGAAAUGGCCCCCAGGAGAAUAUCUUGCUCCAGCUUAUGGCAGCAGUGUCCCAUGCCUCGUCGCCAUCCUGACAGUCCGCGUCCUACAGGAGAUGAAGUGUGCGGCGGUGUUCCACGAAACCCUAGCCGCCGUGUUUGCCUGGUCAGUCCUCGUACAAUCGCAACAGUGGUGA